CGGGCUGGGGCCACGGCCAGCCCUGCAGCCACCGCGUCCCCGGAUACCGGCGGCAGCCCCGGCAACGGCCGCGUCCCCGACGGCAGCCUGGCUGGAAAGCACAGUGGUGUUUUCCUGAUCCCGAGCCAUUUUCCUCGUGCUUCUGCUGAAGGAGAAGCGGGCCCUGAGCAGGAUGCAGCAGGCAGCAGGUGGCAGGGGCAGAGCCAUCCCCUCUCUGCGUCCCUCCCAAAGCAGGCUCAUGGAUGACUCGUACUGCAUGCACCGCAUCGUCGAGGAUCCCGAGUGGUGCCUCAUCACUGUCCCCCCACUCACUGAGCUCUGCCUGCAGCACAUCGUCCAGAAUUUCACAAACAACCCUGUUUUAGAUCGUCUUCCACCUGAGGACCAAAAGAAGGUGCUGGCCAGGCUUCCCACAGACCUUCCACUCACUGUCACUGCCAACCUUGUAAGUGAUGAGGGCUACUGGAAGAGGUGCUGCACCGACCGUUGGCAAGUGUGUGACGUCUCCAACCAUGGAGGCAGCUGGAAGCGGAUGUUCUUUGAACGUCACCUGGAAAACAUCCUGAAAUGCUUUGUCCCCAACACCACAGACCCUGACCAGGUCCUGGAGCUCAUCCCGCUCUGCAGAGACUAUGUGCAGAAACUGGAGGUUGAUCAGUUCCUGCCACCGGUGCAGGAGGAUCAAAAGGAAGAGACAGAUGACCUUUCUGAUUCAGGGAGUGAUUUGGGGUUUGGUGAGGUCUGCAUUCAUCACUAUGACCUGGGAGCCCUCGUUCCUGCUCUCCCUCUCCUUGAAGAGCUUAAUCUUACUUACGGAGUGAAGGAUUGUGGCAUGAACUUUGAGUGGAACCUCUUUAAGUUCACCUACCAGGACUGCUGCAACCUGGCUGCUGCCGUGAAGAUGUGUCACAACUUGAAGAUUUUCAAGCUGACACGCAGCAACGUGGAUGAUGACAAGACCAGGCUGCUGGUCCGCAACUUGCUGAAUCACCCCUCCUUGGUGGAGCUGGACUUAUCCCACAACCUCAUCGGAGACAAGGGGGCACGAGCUGUCAGCAAGCUGAUCAACUGCAGCAAGUUAGAAAUCCUCCAUCUGUGUAACAACCAGAUCUGUAAUGAGGGUGCCCAGGCUCUGGCCCAAGCGCUGGCAAAGAACUGCACCCUGACCUCCCUGAAUCUGCGCCUCAACCACGUGGAGGACGAGGGUGGGGAGGCUAUGGGCUGUGCUCUGCUGACCAACACCACCCUGAAGUCCCUCCACCUGGGAGGCAACAGGCUGGCAGAGCCAACAGCUGUGGUUUUCUCCCAGGUCCUCACUCACAACUCCACCCUGACAUGUAUCAACUUCUCGUGCAACCCCAUCGGGCCGGAUGGUGGGAAGCAGCUGCUGGAAGGGCUCAGGUGUAACCAGACCCUGACUGAGUUUGAUCUCCGCCUGGCAGAGGUGGGUGAGGAGAGCGAGUAUCUCAUCAGCCAAAUGCUGUGGGCCAACAGGGAUGCUGCCCGCCUGCAGCCUCUGCUGCAGCAGCCUGCUGAGCCUCUCUGACUGGACAGCUGCAGCAAGCAAGGAACUGAAGGUAUUACUGACUGCUCACAUGGUGUCUGGAAUAACCAACCUACCCCUGCACGCGUGGUGGCAGGCUUCCAGCACCCCAAUCCAACCCCUGCCCUCAGGGCAACACAAGGGCUUGGGUC